AACAAAGUACUUUGAUAAUUCAUCGUAAUAUUUACGUUUUCUUUUCUGUCAUAGUUAUGAUGUUGUAGAGAUAUUUUUGAAUUAUCAAUUUAAUCGUAGUAUGUUGUGAAAAUUAUGAUUUAAUAUGCUAUACAAUGUAUAUAACUCAGAAGAUGAAUAUGAUUUUGGAACAAUAUUAAAGAAAUUAGAUGAUCUUGAUAAGAAGCACUAUGCUUCACAACAAAAGGAUACUGAUGUAAAAGCACAAAGCACAAUGUCAAGUCCUGAUAAGAAAGGUGGCAACUUUUCUGAUUUUGACAACAGUGAUGAUGAUAUUGCAAGUCUUUUAGCUGACGAUGAUGAUGAUAUUUUUGCAAAGAAAGCUUUUGGCGAUUCUCCAUCUAAAAAGCCAUCAUUAGGUCACAUUCUUUCCUCGCAAAAUUCAGAAGAUUUACCGAAAACUAGUUCAAAAAUAACUACAGGAAUUAUUAAUAAGACCUCUCCAAAGCGGACACUAUCUAAAAGUAGCUCUAAACUGAGUGAUGAUGGAACUGAUGAUGAUGCUUUGAAUGCUUUUUUAUCUGAAUCAAGCCUUCCUUCUUUUUUGGCUGACUCCAAAAAGAAUUCGCCUUCCAAAAAGAUUUCAAAGAAAACUGGUGAAGAAACAGGAGAAUCAUCAAAAUUUUUUGCUGAUUUAGAUAAGCCAUCAAGCACAGUACUGUCACAAAGCAAAACAAAUAAAAAUAGUCAGUCAAAAUCUUCAGUGAGCGAUGAUGAAGAUGAUAUAUUGAAAUCUUUAGAUGCAGAUAAUAAAAUUAUUGGCACUCCUCGUAAACAAAGAAGUGGUUCAUUUUUUGAUGACUUUUUGAAAAAUUUAUCUCCUAAAUCUUCACCAAAGAAAUCUGUAGCUGAACAACUUGAUGACAUAAAAGGUGAUGAUUCAGAAGAUGAUGACUUGUUGAAAUCAUUAGAAUCUGAUGUGAAAUCUUCAGCAUCUCCUCGAAAAAGAAGUGGAUCGUUCUUUGAUGACUUCUUAAAAAAUAUUUCUCCAAAGCAAUCUCCAAAAAAGGGACCUGCUCUUAAUACUAAAUCUUCUAAAAUUGAGACAAGUAAAAUCGAAGAUUCCGAAGAAGAAGAUAUUCUUGGAACAUUUGCAUCCCCUAAAAAAAGUUUUUCCCCAGUGAAAAGAAAUCCUACUCAAGAAAAAAGAAGAGAGAGUUUGCAGAAACAAGUUAGCUUUAAAGGUAUUCCUGAAUCAUUGGCGGAACAGUCUCAGAAAGAAAGUCCAGAAAAGAAACAGUCAUCAUUCACUCCUAAAAUGCAAGCAGAAAAAUUAGUAUCUGAAGUCAAAACAGCAACUAAGUCUAUAUCACAACCAAAAAGAUCAGAAAGAAUGGGUGCAACCAGUAAAGAUGAUACUGAUUGGUUGAACUUUUUUAAAGAAAGUCCAAAAAAAUCUGUAAAACCAAAAGAACACCCACCAAAGUCAAAAGAAAACAUGACUGAUGAAAUUCAGAUUUCAUCCAAAGAUUUGAAAGCCAAUACCAACAGAAGAAGAAGUUCGAGUGCUGAAUGGCUAGGCUUAAGUGAAUCAGCAACAGUAUCUCAAAGUCUGUUACAAACUUCUAGCAAAAAUAAAAUAUCUUUAGAAACAGAUGAUGACUGGCUGGAAGAAAAAGAACCAGUUAAAAUAUCUAGACCUAGUACAACACCUGGUAGAACAAGAGUAAGUGAUGAUUCUCAAACAGCUGAUGUAAGUUGGAUUACUGAUGACAAAAAUAUUACAGUUGAAAAACGCAAGAAUCUAUUUGAUUCGCCUAAUUUAUUAAGAGAUUCAAUAUCUUUACCUGAAGCAAGUGCACCUGACAUGAAUAAAAAGAUUGUUAUAACAAAAGCCCAAGUUUUAGAACCAUCUAUUUUACCUCAGGAAAGGAAAGUACCUUCAGCUCAUUUAAAAGAAAUUCAUUUGCAAUCAUCUGAGAAUAGAAAUUAUUCAGCAUUAGACCUGCAAAAUCCAGUUAGCAAUGCAACUGACAACUAUGCUCUUCGGACGAUAUCAAAAGAUUCUGGCUUCUCUCAAGAACCUGCAUUUGAAGGUAGUGCUAACACACAUGUUUUGCAAACAAUAAUUAAUAAUCACAUUUUUGAAAGAGAUCAACUAUUAAAAUCUUCUGAAGCAAUGAAAGCCAUGUAUGAAGAAAGAAUCAAGACUCUUGAAAAUUUACACAAAGACCAGCUUAAAGCAUUGCAGGACUCAUUAAACAAUAUGGAAACUAAAAUAAAAUCAGAAAUGGAAGGGCAAAUUAGAAUAUUUGAAGAAAAACUAUUCCAAGCAGAAGAAGAAAAGAAGGCAUUAGAAAAGAAUUUUAAAGCUAAACAAGAAACAUCCGAAAAAGAAACUUUGAAAGAAAUUCAAAAAUUAAAGGAACUACAUAAUCAAUCAAUUGCUUUAAUGAAACAAGAUCAUGAGGAAGCAUUACUUAGGCUAAAAAGAUUGAAAGAACAGGAGAUUGAAGCUUUGUUGAGUACUCAAGCACACUCAAGAUCUUUGCAACAUUUAACAGAACAGUUAGAAGCAAGAACUGCAGAACUAGCUUCGUUACAAGUGAAACUUGAGGAAAGAAAUCAAGUCACUAUGAGAGAGAGACAAGCUGUUUUGGAUGCUAAAGAGAAGGAUCUGAGAAGUUUACAGAACAGACUUCAGAAACAGCUUGAUAACAGUGAUGAGGAAAGAGACAGACUGCAACAACUGGUACUUAAACUAGAGAGUCGUUUACAAAAGUAUACAACAGAAGGAGAAGAGGAACGCUGGGAACUGCAGCAAAUGAAAGCUAGACUAUCAGUUCAACAGAAACAUUUAGAUGAAGAAUACAAGUUACAAGUGCAGCAAGUUGAAAGAGAAAAAGAAAAGAUACGUUUAUCUCAGGAUUCUUUAUUACAUGAGCAAAAAACUGUCCUUGUCCAGCUAGCACAAGAAAGACAACAAUUAAUGCAAGAAAAGGCUGAUAUGGAAUUUUUAGCUAAGAAGAUCAAGGAAGAUGAGGCAAAACUUCAUGUCAAAAUAUUAAAAGAAGAAACUUUCAUUGAUAGGCAAAAACAAGUUCUACAACAAGAACAGAAUAAGCUUAACUUUGAAAAGAGUAAUAUGAAACAAGAAUUGGAAUUAUUAGAACGAGAGAGAGAUGCCCUUCAGUCAGAAAAACAGAUGAUAAAAGAUGAAAGGCAAAAACUUAAUGAAUUAAAUUUUAAACUGAGAAGGAAAGAAAAUGAAUUAGAAAUGUUAUCUAUGUCCACUACAGAAGAAAAGGAAAGAGGGCAAGCAGAACAUGCAGCUGCUCUGAGAAUUAAGGCAGAUCAACAAUCAAGAGAACAACAAAUUACAAAAAAGAUGCAAGAGCUGAUGGAAAAGGAGCAUCAAAUAUUAUCUGAAAAAGAAAAAUUAGCAGAAGAGCGACUUGAAUUAGAAAGAAAGAAAAAUUCUGUGCUUUGCAACAAAUGUAGGCUCUCUCUAGGGCAUCCAAUAAAUGCUCCUCCAACUGGAAUUGAUCACACAUCAAUCAGCAAUAUUAAUGCCUCACCAGUUGUUACAUCAUCUCUUAUGAAUGGGAUCUCAAAUCCUAUAGUACCGCCUCAUCUAGAUCCAAGCUUGGUUGUUUGGUAUAUAACAGCCCAAAAAGAUAGAGAAUUUUUACAAGAGGAGCUGUCUUUCUUAAGAUCACUGAAAGAAUCCAGCAAGAAAGAAUCCUCAAAGUUAAAUUUCUCUAAGAGAUAGAGAUAAAUAUGUCAUUUUGAGUUUUUCAUGAGCUUUGAUUCUACCUUUCACUUGGUAUCAAAUGAAUGAAAUUUAAUUUAAUAUAAAAUAUAUGUUAGAAAGUGUAUAAGAUAUUUAUUUAUGAAUAUGAAUAACAAAC